AAAAUAAAAUUGCGCAAAAUUCCAAUGUUCCUACCAGCCCCCACCCUGCAGGGACCUGUUUUGUUUCGGCAGGACCCAAGUAGCUCUUAGGCAUUAUUUCAUGGGUGUCCUACAACGGUGCAGAUGUUCCACAGUGGGGAUGUUUAGUUACAAUCUUGGUGACAUGGGGUGCGAUACAAACAACGAGUUUGUAUCGCUCUUUACACGUUACAUGAAUAGGGAGAACCAGGCGAAAACGAGAAAAAGAACUUUGAUUUUUAAAAUAAUUACUUUUUUUUCGAACAAAAAUAGUGUAAAAGAAAAAACACUUUUUUUGUAAAGCGUAACCAUCAACAACCGGGACCUUUAAAUGUGAUGUAUACAGAGUUGAGCUUACAUUUUCCCACCAAUUACUUAUUCAAGCUACAUCUAUAUCGUGUGGUGGAUCGUAUUAAGUUGCGCAGAUCACUUUUCGGGCAGGUAUAGUAAUAAGGAAUUUAAUGAAAGCAGGGUUUUUUUUUGCUGUGCUGUUGCUUAGGCAACGUAAGAGAGAAUCUCUUAGCUUCGCAAUGCAGGUCAAAGGUAAACAUCGUUCUUGGAAAAUUGAUCCCAGCACCACAUCGUUCCCAGAGGCCCCCAUACCCACCUGCAAACAAUGGUUAUGUUGCUUGCGCUCCUAUUGAAUACAUUAAUUGUGUUACUUGUAUUUUACAUUUCAUCCCUCUGUACGAUGGUCUCCCUCUCUAUUUUAUGGCACAUUUAUGGAUGAUGAUAAUGCUGAUGCACAUCCUGACCAAAGAUUGUUAAACACGGGCGCUUUCAUUUGGGUUCCGGAAUUCCCCCCCCUUGCUAAAACAAAAACCGCCUUGAUUGACGAUGCCUCUGGGGGCUCACGUGUGAAGCACCCUGGCUGUGUCACGUGCAAUUACAAAAAAAACCACGUGGCCGCGAUGGCGACAAAUUGGCAUGCCGAGAAUGGAUCCCCUUUACUGCCACUCAUAAUAAACUCCAUGGCCUUGCUUUUCAGUUUAACGUUUAAAUGGUUGGUUUGUGCUGCGCGCGUCGGUCUCCAACACGGGUUAAAGUGAUAAUAAGUGUUUUUUUUGGGUAAGAUAACGUAAAUAUAAAUGUGUUCACCAUAAAACCUUGAUUAUCAAUAAUAUUGGUCGCAAAAGCCUACGUGUUAAAUGUGUUGUAUUGUCUCAUAAUAUCUUCAUGCAUUGGGUUAAUGCAAUUGUACUGCUGUUCUGCAUCUAAUAAAUGAAGGUAUGUGUUUGGAGUGGUAGUGUCGUGCGCUGUGAACUUAGUGACCCCAGUUUUAUUUACGGCCACGGCUAACGUGAGUGGUAUCUGAAGCCAUUCUACUUCUGACUUCCCCACUCCCUACUUUCACCAAUACAUUGACCAGAGUGGUGAAAUAUGGUGAAACAACCUCAGUAAUUAAUACGGUGUGGUGAGACCUUUAUUGAGCGGUGGGUUGAUAAAGGGCUUAAAUCUGUUUAAAAUAUAAUCAUAUAAGCGUUACAAGAAGUUACAAAUAUUUACUAUUUCCUGUCACGUUUAUUGCGUUCUCUGUGAUUGGAAUGUGACUUUGCUCACCGUUUCUCUCUGGUGAUCAUUUAUCGUUGCUCACUUUUCUCAUAAUGACACAUUUUUUUCUUAUUUCACAUGUUUCUUAAUACAGUACAAUCACAUUGCACAAUGUUCCAGAAAUGUUCAGGUGUUUCAUGACGAAGUGAGACUAAAUCCAAACAUGUCUAACACUAAACGAGUUAUUUGAUAAUACUGCGUUAGCACUGGUGCACAAUUGCAAAUAAAAAAAACUCACACAGCUAUAUAAUCGGCGACGUUUUGGGCAAUGGCCCUUCAUCCCAUAAUAUAUACACUACAGUAUUAUAUUGUAUCUUCAUAAUCAUAAACGCUAGAUGAAGCCCCCCUCCCUCCCAUGCUAUUUCCAUCCGUCAUCCUACAAUGCCGUAAUCCAAUUCACCUCUGCACAUGAGCUGAACUCAUCCCUCAAUCUCUGUGGUUAAUCUUCGGCCUGUUCUUCCCUGCACUUCCACGCACUCGUUUGCCUCGACCACCGGCCACACAGUGUUACCUUAUUUGCUACUUGCGCAAGCCCAAUUACUUUUCGACGUCGCUAACUUGUCGCUAACUUGUGUAUGUUCUCUGAUGGCUUGUCCCAAUGUCUUCUCAGUCUUCCCGGUCUCUCUGUGUAAUUCCAAGCGUGCAUCUCUCGGUGCUUUCAUAAAUAAAUGUCACAACAGGGGGCUUAGCUGGCCAGGGAUUUGUCCCUGAACGUUUGUAAAACGUUCGCCAGCCUCUCAUUGGGGUGAUGUUUACCUUACAAUGGUAUCUUUACCUUUUAAAAGUGGUUGAUUACUGAAAACAAAUCGUAUCAUAAAUGCCUGUGCAGUAACACCCUGGAAAGAAUGAAGUUUGGAUGUUGUAACUCACCCCUGAUAUUAAUGUCAGAAAGGUAGUAAUAAUAAUAUAAGAAUUUAAAAACAGCCAGAUUGAAUAAAUAAAAAAAAUCAUUUUUUUACAUAUUUUAAGAAUAUUAAGUCAUUAUCCUUGGUCUGAUGGAAGAUCGUUGUAAUGCUCCGGUAUUGUUUGUCUUGGUGUGUUUUGUUUCCAAUUGCAUUGUUUAUAGCUCUUAUUUCGAUGAGCCAUUACCAGCAAAAAUGGUGGGCUUAAAGGCUGCUCCGAAUACUUGAGUACAGACAACACUUACCUGUGUGCUACGGUCCUGGAAUAAGCAUACAUUGGUAGCAGCAGCAGCAGCAACAACAACACACUCAAAACGAAUCAUUCGCUCGUAUACAAUGCAUGGCUUUCCUCUUUGUGUUAAGAUAUGCUUUGUUUCACUCAAAGUCCUUUUUUUGGAUUACAAUUAUCACCAAUACAUAUCGUAAAAUAAAGCUGUGUUCAUUAUGGUAAAUUGAGCAAGGAUAUAUUAUUAUCACGGAAAAUGAGAGAGCAAAGUCACAUUUCAAUCGCAAAGCAUUAAAUGCAAUAAACGAAUGUGGCAUUAACAGGUAGUUUAUACAGUACUCAAAAAUCGUGUAAUACUUGUAUCAUAUUCAUCAAUCUAUUGCUGGAUAAAGGUACAGUAUUCAUUUCAACAGAGUACUUUCGGAGGCAAACGUUUUGCAGAAGUUGGUUGAUAUUUGGGUGAAUAACACGCUCUGUAGGUAUUCCUAAUGCGUCAUUGUUUUGUUCCUGCCAUGAGCAUACCCGACAGGUUAGUGGAGUGUAAAAUAACAAUAAUAUAAUUUCCAGCCAUUCUCAGUCCACCAAUGCAUGGUGGCCUUACCCAUGCCACUAUGGCAGGGUCACAAAAAAACACUGUGCCUCCAUAACAAUUCCCGGUGUAGUUCUUCAACAAACGAACAUGAAGCCGGUUCAUAAUGGCAGUAAAUUACAAGUAUAAAGCUCAUUUCUACAGGCAUUGUACACCACCGCAAUAAUAUCACAGGCCAAGGGGGAAGAAGAUAAAUGUACGCUAAUUCAGAGAACCUGAAAGCGAGAGAGAAUGAAUGCGUGUUAAUGACGUGAGGUUUCAACACAGCCGUCGUCAGGAUGUGUUGGUGAAGGCAGCGGGGGAGUGGGUGAAGACCGCACCGUUUCUCGCAUCGCUUGCCACUGAUGUUAGCCGUGGCCGGGAGCCGAACUCGUGUCGCCUGGUUCUUAGUGCAGCAUGCUAACCACCCUAUAGCCACUCCACCCCCAGUGGGGUAUGCAGAUAACUUCUGACUGAAGGCGCAGAUGGUUAAUUAUUUACCUGCCAUCACGGCUGUCUGAUUUGAAUAUUGGUGAAUGGGUGCCUGCCAAUGUUGCUGACGGAAGGGAUUUUUAAACGUAGCGUCUUAUUUGGGUGACUUAUUACUGUUUAGUGCGGAGAGAAACAAGUGGCAGCGCUAUUAAUUUAAAAGCGCAUUUUUAUUUCGUCAUUUUUUUGUAACCACAAUCACAAGGAAGUUGGUUCUUUAAAAAAAAUAUUGCUGCCGACAUUUUAUGUAGGCAUUGUUAUGUCGAUCGGCCCUGGUAGUCAAUUCCAAAUGAGGGCCACCCUCACCAAGUCGUUGCCUUAUCUCUCGCAGUCCCUCGACACAACAAUCUUUCCAGCAUCGGCCCAUGGGUUUAUUUUAUUGCGCCUCCUGUGGUGAGCAUAAUUGACAACGUGCACACUGCAGACACGUUUCUUGGACUAUCCAAAGGUAUUUAACUCUCUGGAAAAUGAUGCAGUCGUUCAAGCUCUUACAGUGGAAAUAAUAUAGUACAAACCAUUUACAAAAAUGGAACUACUUUGAGAUAGCAUGAAGAAAGUAACAAAAUGCAUGUGGAAUUUCAAGGGUAAUUUUAAGUGGGGUUGAGUAUACGGUUUGACCCUUGGACUAUGCCUAUUUAUAGAAUGGGAACAUUGGUGUGUUGUGGCUGAUAGUGGCUAAUAAAUUAAGUUAACUUGUUUUUAAAGAAUAUAUUUACUGGCAGCGGUAAAUGGAGCCAUGGCACUCACGCCGACAAAAGUUUGCCAUUUUUCACAUUCAUGUUAGAAAAUAUAGAGGCUUUGAGGCUUUUAAACACUUCAACUCAAGCACUUUAUCUAUAUACUGCACUGCACUGUCCCAUCUCUAGACUAUAUAUAGUGGCACGCAGCAUGUAUAGGGGAAACGAUGCACUGAUUCACAAUAUUGAUUCCUCAGCUCCAGAUACGUGCACAGUAUUGCUUAAGGAUCGAUGUCUUUUUGGGGUUUGUUUAUUUUGCAUGUGGAUUCUCGUGACCCCAUCCGCCACAGGUGCUUACAUUCACCGCUAGAGUCAUCCUCUCACAUGUCUACCGUGGUGGACUGCCAGGACUUAAAUCACUGUGCUGCAUUUGUAUGAAAAAUGUUCAACACAUUUUUGAUUGGGUUUCAUUAACUUCUAAAUGUAUACUAAACCAAAGCAAAUGCUUGGUUUUGCUUCAAUCAUUUAUUCAUGAGAGGGUUAAAAAAAACCAAGAGUCAGUUCUUGGUAAAAUCGCUACCCUAAAGCAUUAAAGGCAGUGCAUUUUUGUAAUUACCCGAGUUUUACUGUGGGAUUAAUAUCUUUUUUUAUGAGUACGCUUGUUUAUCAUGUGGGCUUUCGCGACCAAUACAAGUACAGAGUCAUACCUCGGUCUACGACCGCUUUGGAAUACGUCGAAUUUGGUAUACGUCGUGUUUUGACGAUUAAAAAAAAUGCCUUGGGAUACGACGUCUUGCUUUGGGAUGCGACACCUCGCUUGUUAGAACUUGUAUGGGUCGGGAUUGAGUCAUCAUGUCCCCGCGUAGACCCCGUUCACGACUGAAACAAAGCGCAGCUCCUCAGUCUGCCUGUAGAUCUCGUUCAGUGCACAACCCUCUUGCUGUCACUCUCUGUGAAUUUUCACGUGUUUUUUUGUCAUUUUUACGUGAAUUUUCAGCAAGGUAAAGUGAUGUUAGAUUUGACUUUUAUUUCAAUUCAUUUUAAUUUAUGUAUGCACUUUAUUAAUUCGUAGUGUCUAAAUUAUUUUAUACAACCCAUGAAUGUAUAAUGUGCCAUAUAAAAUGUAAUUUCUUAUACUCUGGGACGGAUUAUUUCCUUGCCCUUUAUUUCUUAUGGGAUAAAUUCGUCUGGUAUGCGUCAUCUUCGGUAUAAGUCCUACCUUCUGGAACGAAUUGACGACGUAUACCGAGGUACCACUGUAUAUAAAUUAACGCGAUCUCACCCAAAAACCCUGUAUUAUGGAUGAGUAUGCUUGUUUAUCCAGGAGGGCAUCGCCGCAUCUCAAGACUCGUUUUCAGGAAUGUCCUGCCAGGCUUUUGCAGUCGGGAGCGAUGUUGAUAUGCGUAAUCCCAAUUCAGCAAAUUUGCUUGUAAUUUUGCAGCAUUGGGAUCCUUGACCAAUACCAGCCACUGUAUAUUGUACUUUUUCUUUUAAGCAAUGGGAAAAAACCCGUGCAGAAAAAGGGUGACAAUAUCCACACAUAAAGGGCUGCUCGAGUUGGCAAUUGAACCCAAGGCACCUUCUUGCCUCGAGGCCAUGAUUGUUACCACUGCACCAUGCUGCCGCCCGGUGCUUUACAGUGGAAUAGACACUGUCGAGGGUAAUGGAAGGACCACAUGAAACUAAUUGGGCGAUACACCAAAUGUGUUUUAUGUAGAACGGGGAUGAAGACGUAGGAUUAAUCUGUUUCUUUUGCCUAAAAUAAUCUGUCACUUGUGUCACAAGACAGGAGCAGAUAAUAAUAAUAGACCCGGCAUGAUCACACAUUAGGCAUGAACGAGCAGGCCAAACUAUGAUUCAUAAUACAGUUAUUUUGGGUUAGAUAUAGUUACAAUGGCAAUUUUCAACCAUACCCUCUGCCAUCAUUCAGAGGCAAUCAAUUUGUCUUGUGGGCAAAUCUGCCAUUUGAAUUGUUUUUUGAGAAAACCAUAAUGUUGAAAAGCAAGCACAAUUUUUACAAUUGUUCAAUUGGCACAUUAGCCUACGUGACAACUUGCUUUGAUUGGCUCUGUGGGCUGGUGGAGGGCAUGGUCGAAACGUUUGCAGUAUGAAUGUUGAACUUCGUUGAACUUCUUUCGCACCGUACGUAGCCAACCGUGCUAAUAGGAGGUGCGGGGGAAGGACAACAAACUAAGCACAACAAUAAAUUCUAAAUAAAUUAGUUUUCAACUCAUUUCUGAUACCUACACGAUCAAACUUAAUGUAAGAUCAGUUGUUAAAGCCUACUACAUAUAAGAAUGGAAAUUAAUCAUUGUUUUUCCAAGCACGGUUACUGCAAAACCCCGGAAAUGCAGACACGCUUAAUCCAACACUACGUUAACUGCAGUAUUCUUUGUCCGAGCACAAGUAACCUUACUUUUCGAUAUCAGAGGUAAAGUUUCCCCUCGUUAUUCACGAGGGAUACGUUCCGGAGAAGCUCGUGAAUAGUCUCUUUUUCAGAUAAUAAUAUUGGCCUACAAAACCUAUCUUUUAUCCUAUCACUUUAUCUCGCAUCACAUUUUCUUGAUGCAGUCGUGUAGAGUUCCAGAUGCGAUUUGUGGAUAGCAAGUUCAUGACUAUCGAGAAAAUAAUGUAAAUAUAAGUGAUGUUCAUUAGCAAUUAAGAUGGAAUUUGGAGCUGCUUAGCACAUUUUUUUUCAGAAGUUUAUUUUUUUCCCCAUGAGCUCCUCAGGACUCAUCUGUUCAACUUCUUGAUUUCUUUGUGAGCAUUGAAAUAGUGAUCGAAUGCUGCUGCAGAUGGUCUAUAAAAAAAAUACCAGGUACACACCACAUUUACAAUUAUUGCGGGAUAAUAUGCACGGCAAUUUUGCUCGACAAUCUUGAGUUUGUACGUUGAUCGAGUUCAACGUAAAAGCGCAGUUAAUUUGCAAGGCUGUAGUCAAUUCAUACACCAUAAUUUCUGCAAGUCAUUGUACGAUGAAAAAUGUGAUUGUUAUGAGUCGAUUUGCAAUGAUUCAUUUUAAAUGUUUGGCUCUGUUUUGGGGAAAUUAUUAAUGACUUCAAGGUAAUUGUUGCAUUUGACCCCACUGAAAAUGCAUUUUAUUCUCAUAGUGUCAAGAUAAGAGGGUAAAUUUAAUCGAUGACCCAAACCCUAAACUGGAGUGCUGACUGACUUUUUACAUGGCUGCUCCGUGCCACCUUCUGGAAAGCCAGGCAAAUGGAUGGGUGCCCAUUCUGCUGCUGACGGAGAAAAGGCUGAGUCAGAAUUUCCUUUGCCAUCGUUCACAUUCUUUGCCCCAAAAUCAUCAUCAUUGCCAUCAGCCACGAUUAAUCAUCUGCUGGAUGAAUGCCGCCCAAAGCUGCCUCUGUCUCUCAUUAUUAUGUGAUUUGUAAUAGUCCAUCUAUCCCCAUGGCAUUCAUGCCAUGUAUCGUAAUGGUGAGGGACAAAAUUAAAUGAGAAAUACAUAUUGGUGCAAAUGACUCAGAAAAUUAAUAAAUGGUCAUUCUCUGUGAACUUAGCGGCCAGAGUUUUGAGUCUUGACCCCGGCUAACAUCGGCGAUGAAUGAUAUCAGAACGGGUCCUGUCCUCCUCACUGCCCCUCCCCCCACCACUUCACCAAACCACGUUGGUCAGAGUGGUGUAGUAUGGUGAGAACAAAAAAACCUCCCAUGAUCGGCAUGACAUGGGGAGGCUUUCAUCCAUGGGUGGAUUGAGAAUGGCAGGAAUUGUUUUAUUUUGCUACGUGUGUGUCCGCAUAGACGAGUGUGUGUAGCAGUGGUUCAGUUGUUCGCGUUCUGUGCUACAAAACCGGUAAUGGUGGUGAAGAUUUAAACCGGUCCUGGGCCUCCCCUAGGUCAACUCGACCUCAAAUGGGUACCUGGUGCUGUGUAAUCAUAAGAACUGGAGAGACAAAGGCGGCUUGGUGUGGUGUUGGCCACCUGUUGGCCACCAACCCCAUCGUGUGCUGUGCCGGCCUGCAUAGGUGCUCACUAACAGAUAUUGCCUCAACAACCUGUUUAAGGCCACAUGGCGGAUCUUUGAAUUUGUCCUUUUCGAGACAAAUGUACUCCCAGUGGACAUAAAGAAAACAAGAAACGAAGAGAAGCUUACAUUGCAAAACAUGAAUUGUGUUUGCAAAUUUGUUGCGGUGUUGUAAUUGUCGUGUUCGAAACAUGUCGUGUAAACAAUAGGCAAGUUAAAAGAUAAAUGUGCAACCCUCAAAUUGCCUACUCAUGCCACUGCUGGCAGAUGGGCCUCCACUAGAGGGGUCACUAGAGGGGUCUCUAGAGAGCCCUUUCACGAGGGUAUUUGGCCUACUCUUCCACGCUGGCCAGCCAUCUUGAAGGAAGUUAGGCGUAUACCUAGACUGUGCCACCAUACGAAACAUACGCAUUUCACUACUGACAUCCAUUUGUACCAUACUUGAUGAACUACGUGGCGUAACCCCCAAAAUAUGUAUUAUGUAUCACAACAUUGGCUGCUAAGACCUACGUGUUCGGUAAUAUUGCGAAAUGUUACACUUCCUAUCGCACAUUGAAUGAUAGAAAAUGUGUCCAGAGUUCAAUAUGGUACAGUUAUAAGCUAUUGGUUAUGGUCUUCCCAUGCAAAGAUAUUUUCUUGUUACAUUUUCUUGAAUUGAGGGUACACGGUGCGGGAAAACUCACGUUUAAAAAAAAAUGUUGAAGUCGACCAAUACAAGGGAAUAUUCUUACACUGCUUCAGACCAAAUCCGUGUUGUUGCCAUCUACCGUGUAAAAGGUAACCAGAAUAAUUAUGGCACUAGAUAAGUGAAGGGAGUGGAGUGGUGGUGCAUCUGGUUAGCACACACUUAUCAUGAUGCUUAGUUUCCAAGAAAGAGCCUCACUGAGGCUCAUGGCUGUCUUUUAGGAGGGUCCUGCCAAGUUUUUGCAGUCGGGGGCGAUUAUUGCGAUGAGGAUUUGAUUCCAAAUGAGUAAUUUGCACCUAAUUUAAAAAAAUCUGGACCAUGUCACUGGCACACAAUGGCCUACUCGAAUUACAUCAUGGGAUUAUUUAUGUCCGUUGUAAAGCAGACCGUGCAUGGUAUGUUCAUGGUUAAUGCACCCAGAGUAAUAACCAGGAUGGCUGAUGCAAACCAACCAUGAGGCUUUUCAACAAGUGGUGGACACACUGCCGCUGGCACUGUUACCGUGUAUAAACAUGGGUCCUGAGUUCAAUCCCUGUCCGUGGCCAAAGUCAGUGACAAGGGAUUACCGAAGUUGGUCUUGUCCCAUCACCCUCUUCACCAAACUGCCUUGACCAGUGACGUGAAGUAUGGGUCAAACAUGGUUUAAGAAGGCCUUCAUCCAGCAGUGGACUCGCCAAGAGCUGUGAAAAUGUGUGCUGUUCCCAUUGUACAUCUCAUUCUGGACUGUGCCGCUCUCGGACAUUGGCUACGACAAUAAUGUUCAUUAGUUAAAUGGUCUUAGUAUUACAAUUAAGUUUUAUAAUUUCAUGUAGUGCUAAUGGACAAGUCCGGGGGCCGGGUUGGAACUGAAGUGCAUAAACACACAACAUCGGUAAUUUAGGGCCUAACGUGGAUUUCUUGUUUUCUUUGGAGGUUGAAGACGUAAGUUGUGUCGUCAGUUGCAGGCGACUCGUUUCGUAAUGCAAUUCAAGUGGCAGAGAGGGAGGGGCUCGGCGUUAGGUGGCACUUAUUUACGCGGUUCACUGCAACGAGCUGGCACCAUAUGGGCCAGCGCAGUCUCGCCGUGAAAUAGACGACAAGGAUUCCACCCACGGGUGCGUGUGCAAUGAACAUGAUGAAGAAGAAAGCACUGCUGUGGCUGGUCUGCGCAGUCAUCGGCAACCUCUUCGUUUUCUUCACGAUGCAGCUGUCGCGGGGGUUCAGCUCGUCCAUAAAGAAGCGCGGCACCCCCAUCAUCCCGGCGAGCGAUGUCCCGUUCUGGCGAAUGGACGAGCCACCCAAGGCAUACUGGAACCGUGAGCAGUGGCGGCUGGAGAGGUCCUACAACCCGAUCCUCGUCAAUGGCAGCCAGAAGGGCUCCGUGACCGCGGUGAGCAAACACGAUGCCAACAACUCCGCGCCCGAUGUGCUCAGCUGCGAGCCGAACGUGCGCGCGACGACCGAAGUGGGUGACUUUGAGACGUUGCCGCAGUCCUUCAGAGACUUCUUGCUCUACCAGAACUGCCAAACAUUCCCGCAGCUCAUCGACCAGCCGCGCAAGUGCGCGGGUCACCGGCCCUUCCUCCUAUUCGCCAUCAAGUCGGUCAUCGCGCAUUUCGACCGAAGGCAGGCCAUCCGCGAGUCGUGGGGGGCAGAGACGUCGGGCAACGUGACCGUGCGCCGCGUCUUCUUGCUGGGCCGCCCGGCCAACCCUGACCUGGAGCCAAACCUGCAGCACCUGCUGGACCUGGAGAGCAAGCGCUACAGCGACAUCCUGCAGUGGGACUUCCGCGACAGCUUCUUCAACCUGACGCUCAAGGAGCUGCUCUUCCUCAAGUGGGUGGAGCAGCGCUGCUCCGACGUGCGCUUCAUCUUCAAGGGGGACGACGACGUGUUCGUGAACACGGACCGCACCGUCGCCCUGCUGAGCAACAUCACGGCGCCGGACAAGGUGCAGAACCUGUUCCUGGGCGACGUGAUCGUCAACGCCGGGCCGCACCGUGACAAGAAGGUGAAGUACUACAUCCCGGAGAGUGUGUUUGAGGGCGCGUACCCGCCGUACGCCGGCGGCGGUGGCUACGUCUACUCGGGUGAGAUGGCGCGGCGGAUCCACCAGGUGUCACGUCAGGUCAUGCAGUUUCCCAUCGACGACGUGUACGUGGGCAUGUGCCUCCGGCGCAUGGGCUUCGCGCCCACCAAGAACUCGGGCUUCCGAACAUUUGACAUCUCCGAGAAGGAGCGCAACAACAUAUGCGUCUACAGGGACCUCAUCCUCGUGCACCCGCGCAACCCGCACGAGAUGAUGGAUAUCUGGAAGUCACUCCACAGUCCCAACCUAAAGUGUUGAUCUAACUUCCCCGUGCAGAUGAUAAUGUCCUUGCCAGAGACUUUGCCUUAGUGAUUUUUUUUUUUUCCCCCCCCCUGCACACUGCAAACACCGAUCUGCCACCAGCGCGAGUGUAGUGUUGGGCAUGACGCACUCCGCACUGUGGGUGUCCUCCGUGUGGCCUUAUCGAGGCAGUCAACCAUAAAUGCAAAUUUUCGUCUCAACCAAAGGGAGCAAACUUUGUUAAACUUGUCCCAUUCCUAGCACACGGGGACUGUUUGUGUGCGAAUAGGGUUGUAUAAAAGAUAAUUAUGAUUUGUUAUAUUUCAAGCGACAUAAGUUAUUUAAUAGCCAUUUUGUUCUAUUUUUGUUAUGCAAAAUUGCAGAAUAAAAUUUUGUAAAAAAUACACAACUCACGCUUAUAGUUUAACACAUCUUUUAACAAAGCCAUGCCUUCUCUUGCUUAUAACUAUUAAUUAUGUGUAUAUGAGAUUUUGAUAGCAACAAUUAUUGAAGAAAUUACACUUGUGCAGGUAAUACUAGUUGUGAAUGUCUAUUGAUGUGAAUUGACAAUUUCUGUCACACUUAUAGAUUUUUGGGCAAUUGCACCCUUGCAUCUAAUGCACUUCAUAUACGAAUCAUAGCAACUCCUAGCUUUAAAAAAAUAACUCAACUAGGCAUGCGAGCAAAUGUCAGGAUGGUCUGCGUCAAGUUUGGAAGCUUCAAAACGCAAGCAUUCUGCUGUAUAACCAACUUCAUUUGCGUAUAACCAUCUGGAUACUGUACCUGUGUAUUUUUUUGCCAUUUUAGCUCACACCAUCUGUACAUACUGUAUAGCAGUCGCUUGUAACGUAUUUUUAUGAAACCAAACGGGUAACUUAUUUUUUUUUGCUUGUGAUUGUUGAAAAAGAGCGUUGCAAGUUCUGAUGUCACGGCCUCCUCCAGCCCUCGAAGAGAUCGCAAGGUGUUGUGUUUCUGCUGUAGCACAACGUGCUGUUGAGCCACUCCAAAUGGACUAAAACCCGGGAUGCAGCCACGUUGUGGAGGCUGGGGGUGUCCUGCUGGUUAACGGUUCCUGGUGGUUAUUGGUCAGGUUACAGACUGGUUCCGUGAAGUUCUCUCCCCCCCCGCCGACCUUGUCAUAGAUAAAAUAAUUUCGACUAUUCUGUAAUUUAUAUUGAAUCUACACAACUAUUGGCUGCCAAAUCUGUUACUGUACUGACCCCACUGUGUGUGUAUAUAUAGGUCCAGUCGUCGGCAUAAUAAUCACCAUUUAUUUUGGUUUGUUGGAAAGAUAAAAUUAUGCAGACUCAAGAAAUACCAUCACUCGUGUUCAUAUCUCAAACACGUUGGAGAUGUCUGGAUACCCACAAUGACCGGUUGUGCUGCGCACCUGGAAUUAAACCUUCACUACGUCCCCACAAGUAUAGUUUCAGUCUUAAAAUGUGUCGGGUUUACAGAAAAUAAAAUUCUCUCCAGCUGUGUGAUAUGAAAAAGAAAAUCCUGAAGAUCUCAGAGGACUGAUGGAGUGCAGUGGAUGGGGGGAGAUCUUGUGCCUUUAUUCCUGGAUGAACCCAAACCCAACAUUGCCUGCAAUGGUGAAAACGAUGAAUGUAAGUAGGGACAGUGCCUCUUGUGUUGGGUGGGUUAUUUAUAUCAGAGUAAGCUUGCCAAGUGUGGAGAGUUAGCAUUUUUGCAGCCGGUUUAAACAAUAACAUUGAAAAAGCGGCAAGGGUAACUAUCAACAUUUUAACACUGUUUAUCCGGAAAAAUUAGCACGAUGAAAAGUUGUGUUUACAAGGGCAAAAAUACUUGACUUAUUUGAAUUAAAAGCAUUGAAGAUUAAAUACUCCAUAUAACAUUAUUCCAGAGAGAGAAUUAAAGCCUGGCUGACAGUCCUUCAUCGUGACAGAAUAAAACUAAUUUGAGGCUGUAAUUUUGAUUUCUUAAUUGUUUUUGUUUUGUAUGAAUAUUAUUACUAACUUAUCAUUAUACAUUCACAUACGCUUUACACUCCAUUGUUAGGAGCAUCAAAUGGACCUGCCCGCAAGUGACUUUCAUCUGUCAUUCAUAUACAGUCAUAUUUUUAUCACAAUAUUUCCAUCCCACAAUUUCAAACGUUCUGAAUCAACUACAGUAUUUGCAACAGGUUAGGUGCUCAGGGGCCAGGCAGCCUUCCUGUCACGUAACCUGUUUUCGUGACAUGCGGUUCCGCACAUUUCCUUCGCCCAGUUUUUACAUCAUUUCAAUCUUGCAGCAUAUGAAGCUACGCAAGACAAUGCUGGGGUUGGAGGGUGGUGGGGGAAGCCACAGAACGGUGCAUGCAUUGCACACAGCGCACAAUACACAACGCCUAAUGUUGCUCCAAACUUCCUCUAUUUGUGUUGAGCCCUUCCUGGUACAAUGCAAAGCAGCUAAUAGGUAUACCUUUGCAAGAAACUAAAACUUUAAGUUUUCUAAACAUUCCCCACCUCUGACUGCACUCUCUCACCUACUACACACUUUUCUCUUCAAUCUUUAAUUUCUAAACUCGAUGUUAAAUGAAUUUUAAAAAAUACACUUCCAAUCAUUUUUGUCCAGUUGAACGCUUACAAAUCACUGUUUCUGGAAGUAGAAAAUCUUUGUGCAGCGACCGGUAUCAACUUUAAUCUCGCAUUGUCAGACUACUGUAUUGAUCAUAAUAUCUGGUGAAUGAAGUACCGCUUGGUGAUAAGCCACCGAUGAGAGGAUGGGGACAAGUUAUUUGGACUGCAGUUUGAGGAAACUUAACUUGGCAGGUUAGUCACCAAGCCAUAUUUCCUGUACGUUUUACAAAUACCAAAGAUAAACUUUUCAUGUUUUGGCAGUCCCAUUUAUAUGGACUUGAUACUACAGUUCUCCGAUGCUUUCAUUGCAAUUUCUAAGUUAAUUUAUUUUUCAUAUGCAUCUGUUUCAAUGCAGGCCUGCAAAUGUAUCUAAAGCGCUCGAUCGACUUAUAGCUCUCGACUAUUGUAACUCUCUUCCACUAUACAUCUGAUCCUUGCCAGGGCACUACACAGUCAACCCGGCAUAGCUCAGGAGGUGCCAGGUUUUCCACUGCAGAUGAGCCAUGCCACUUAAGUGUCGUGCUGUGUCUUUACAAUAUAACGACUAACCAUCACACGCAAUGUGUCUUGUGAGUCCAGCGGAUCACUGCAUUUUUCCUGGUUCGGCAUGGCAAAUAGCCAGUGGAUAAGCAUCCAUACUGAAGGCUCCGUGGCUCAGAUGUACCAAUGGAAAAAGGGGGAUUAUGCUACCACAAAUGGGCUUGGCGAAUGAUUCCUGCCGAGUUGAGUUUUAACAAAUAUUUCAGGUCGAUUGGUGUUGAACCUGGCUGCUUCCAUGCCAUAUGGCAGGUACUGAUGAGCCUGACGGCUUGUGUCUUUUAAUGAGUGCAACCACCUUUUGAAAUAUAUUUGUUGAUUAUGUUGCUGUUGCAUAAUAAACGUGUUUUAAUGGUGUGUUGGCUAAGAGAAAUAAAUAUACAUGCACGCAAA